CAGGCCUCCAAAGCCUGGACCAAGCGAUGGCCUCUUUGAUCAAGGACGGAUACUCGGCAAUCAAAGCUGCAUGAACGCGGGACGCGGAAAUUUUCUAUGUAAUAACUAAGCAAUACAUAAUCUCGUCGGAUAUUCGAUGAGCGAGGAUUAGGUUGCCUGCCUUAAACAUCGCCUGCAAGCAAGACUUGCGCUCUCCGCGAAAGCAGCUUUUGCUGCCCGAUUUCCUGUCCUCGUCUCUGUUGCGUCCAGUUGCGUAUCUCGGAUUAUCCACUUCGCGACAACCCCGUCACCCCCACGAGAGUCCCUGCCCAAACCUCCUUUUUUGGGACGACACGCCGAGUCUUCGGUGCACCACGACGACAAGAUGGGCCAAAGCGUGUCAUGGUUGUCCAGCUUGUCCAGCUUGUUCUUCUCCAAGAAAGAGAUCAGAAUCCUAAUCCUGGGACUGGACAAUGCCGGCAAGACUACACUUCUCUACAGGCUUAAGAUCGGCGAAGUAGUAACAACGAUACCGACGAUCGGGUUCAACGUCGAGUCGGUGACAUACGGGAAGCUCAACUUCAACGUUUGGGACCUGGGCGGGCAGACGAGCAUCAGGCCGUACUGGAGGUGCUACUAUGCCAACACCGCGGCGGUCAUCUUCGUCGUCGACUCCACCGAUAUUGAGCGUCUACAGACGGCCGCCGAUGAGCUCGCGGCGAUGCUGAACGAGGAGGAACUGAAGGAUGCCGCGCUCCUGGUGUUUGCAAACAAGCAGGACCAGCCAGGGGCAAAGGGGGCGGCCGACAUCUCGCAAGCUCUUCGGCUCGGGGAACUGAGGGACAGGAACUGGAGCAUCGUGGCGUGCAGUGCAGUGGAGGGCUCAGGCAUUAGCGAGGGAAUGGACUGGCUUUCGCAAACGGUGUCACAGGAUUAGAAGGACGUGGUUGUUUGGUGAGGCGGGACAUGGCGCUUCUGUACAUGACAACGAUACCUCUUAUAUACUCCGGCCGCUCUUGGGAUAUGGGCAAGGUGACUGGCCUUGCGGCGUUUUGGGGUGGA